AUGGCCUUGAGUUCACCGCUAAAUGUUUCAACCAAAGACGACCAGACUAUUCGACCAGACCAAGUACCCAGCCCCCAGCGGUCAAUAGCUCACCCUCCCGAAGACGCACCCACUGCAGCCAAAAAAUUCGAUGAAUCAGCAUCAGCUACUGAACCUAACAAUGCCGAACCGGUAACCCCGAGACCCACCUCGAUCGACAGCUCCAACCCACCGAGCCUUCAACCUUACUCGACCUUUAUUCUCCAGUCGUUUUCCACAAGUAAUAAUUUCUUCCGAAAUGUCCAGUGGUGUAUGGAUGGGUCCAGUCUACUAGGCGUAACAGAGCAUGCUUCACUCGAGAUUCUUGAUUUAACCGACCAAGACGACCGUAUUGAACUCAAGCACCGUCUCUCACUUCCCCAGCCUGCACCAAUCUUGAGUACCGCAUGGUUCCCUGCGGCCUCGUCCUCGGACCCAGCAUCAUUCUGUCUCGUUGCAGCUGUACGGGACACCCCAAUAAAACUUUUCGACGCAUCGGAUGGAAUAAUAUCGAGUCUUGCAUUUGCUCCUGAUUGGUCCGGGACGUAUGCGGCAGGCUCCUUUGGGGGUGUAAUAGGUUUAUUCACGGAAGACACGGGCGGCCAAGUACAGAACUGGCUAGAGGGGACCGAAGGUGGCGUUACACAGAUCCGAUUUAAUCCCAUCCAACCACAUAUCCUGUAUGCCGCAUUCCGUCGUACGCCGAUGAUAGCUCGGUGGGACCUCAGGAACCCUUCCGAACCUGACCUCUUAUACGACCGAGGCCUGGCGUCCACGAAUCAAAGGCUGGGCUUUGACUUGAGUCUGAAUGGGCGCUGGCUCACUGCAGGAGAUGAGGGAGGGCAGAUUUCAACUUUUGAUGCACUUGGAGAGAGGGGCCAAGUAAGCACUAUAAGCGCCCACAAUGAUUCAAUCGGAGCUAUCAAUUUCCAUCCUACGAAACCCUACCUUGUAUCCACAUCUGGAUCUCGUCACUUUCGGGAUACCGAUUGGGUUACAUCGGAUUCGGAUGACUCUGGAGAGCCAGAAAAUCCUGGGACAACCGUCAUGGUGCAGACAUUCUUUGAUAUCACAAUCGGAGGUCAACCACCUCAGCGAGUUAUCUUCGAACUCUACGACGGUGUCGUCCCAAAAACCGCAGAAAAUUUCCGUGCUUUGUGUACUGGCACGAAACAGAAUGGUGAUCCUCUUGACGGCUUUGCUCCAGGUGUAAAGCCGUAUGCCGGCAGCACCUUCCAUCGUAUCAUUCCAGGGUUUAUGUGCCAAGGCGGCGACUUCACCAACCACAACGGCACCGGGGGCAAGUCGAUCUAUGGAAAUAAAUUUGCUGACGAGAACUUCCAAAUAAAGCACACAAAGCCUGGUCUUUUGUCGAUGGCUAAUGCGGGCCCCAACACCAACGGAUCUCAAUUCUUCAUCACCACCGCAGCCACUUCAUGGCUGGACGGGAAGCAUGUUGUUUUCGGUGAGGUUGUGAAAGGGUUAGAAGUGGUUAAAGCAAUGGAGGCGGUCGGCAGCGCUGAUGGAAAAACUCGUCAGCCAGUGAAGAUCGCUGACUGCGGUGUCCUCUAA